AAAAACAGAAAAAGAGCAAAUUGUCUUUCCGCCAGCAUCCCAAAUUCAAAAUUCAAAAGGUGGGAAAAACACAAAUCACUUUCCCAAAUCCGAACGGCAACCAAAAAGCGCCAUUCUCUCCCACGCCCGCUCCUCUCCCACCGGUUCACUUUCCGGUUCACCACGUCUACUAGAUCGAUCUAUAAGUUGACUACUGUGCAAAUGGCCGAAGCCCUAAGCCCUAAUUCCAGAUUAAAAGGUCCAUUUUCUCCGAUGAAAUUCGUCUUAGGUUCCAAUGACGAUAAACUUGAACGCGCUCAAGCACGCGCCGCACGCGCUGCUGCAGUUAUCCGCCGCAAACCUCUGGCUGCUGCUGCACCUCCUCCAUCUGCAGAUCCUUGCCUUGAUAAGCAGCAGAUUCUCGAACUCUUCCAGAAUUGCAUCAAACUCGCCAGUGAAAAUAAAAUUAAUCAGAAAAAUACUUGGGAGCUAGGUCUAAUUGAUCAUUUAUGUGAGAUAGUUAAAGUUGAACAAGAGAAUGAUUCCGAGACCAAUUUCCAGAAGGCAAGUUGUACUCUUGAAGCUGGAGUUAAGAUUUAUUCAAUGAGGGUGGACUCAGUACAUUCAGAGGCAUAUAAAGUUCUUGGAGGAAUCAAUCGUGUUGGUAAUGCAAAUGAACCAGAUCCUGUUGUAGAGGAUGCCAAUGCUGAAAAUGGCCAGGAGGAAGGACAUACGAGAAAAGAGCAAGAAAGAAAGUUAUCUCCUUUAUCAACGCUAGAGUCAUCAUUCGAUUCUCUCAAUGUGAAGAAAUUUGAUGCCGCUUUUGCUGUAGAUCCUCUUUAUCAUCAGACAUCAGCUCAGUUUGAUGAAGGUGGUGCGAAGGGUCUUUUGUUGAAUAACCUAGGAAUUUAUGGUAAUUGCCGUGUCCUUUUUGAUUCGUUCGAGAUACCUGGGAAGUCUGUACCAGAAGCUAUUCAGCAGGAUAGAACAGAUUCAAUUGAUAUAUCUUUUACUAAAGAUUGUAUAGAAGAAAUGGUGUUGAACAUGCCGAAGAAGGAUGAGAUAUCACCCAGUCUUAGGCAUAUAGUUUGUCAAUUUAGCGGAGAGAAGCCAGUGCCAGCUGAAACAGAUUUUUCUGGCCAGACUCCACCAGAACAAACUUCUGAAUCAUUUGGCCUAGAUGUGGAUGAUGAUGCAUUUGACAAUUGUGGAGCCUGGCCGAUGGAUCAUGAUGAUGGAAUAAGUUUGUCGGAACAGGGGUCUCACGAUGUUGAUCGAAUCUCAUCAAACCAACAGGAGGACAGUGAACCAUUUACUUUUCCUGAUGCUGAUGAUGAUGACAGGUCUGAGAGAGUUGAUGAUUAUUUGUUUUUAAGUUUAGGAUUUUCUUCAAAGCACAAUUUCUGGGCUGGUCCUGAUCAUUGGAAGUAUCGGAAGGUAAAAGUCUCAGAGGAGCCUUCCAAUGAAGAUGGAUUACCAGUAAAGACUAAGAAAACGAAGAGCAAAAAAACAGAACCUGAAAUUGAUUUCAUGAAAGCAUUGGACACUGAUCUAUCACAUGUCCUUGCUCCUCCGAAGAAUCCCAAGUUAUUACUCCUUCCAGUAAAUAGAACACCAUGUAACAGAUUACUUCCAGAAGAUUGUCAUUAUCAACCUGAGAAUCUUGUGAAACUGUUUCUCCGACCCAAUAUCAUGUGUCUUGGAAGGAAAGCAAAGCAAAUCCCAGAUGAAGCUGGUCAACAAAGUGAGGAUUUUGGAGCUAUGCCAUCUUGGGGUGAUGAUGGUGGAUUUCCCGAGGUUUUCGAUGAUGGCAACACAUUUAGUGAUGUGGAGGAGUCAAGUACACUUGUCUCUCAGCCUCGUCAGGUAAACAAGAUUGAAGUUCAGUAUGAUAGAACAUCCAAACAAGUAGAUGUUCAAGCGCUUAAGGAAGCGCUUUGGGACCAAUUGAAUCAAACAUCUAUUGAGGAAGGUGUAUCUUUUAAGCACAUAUUGGCUGCUUUUCCAAAUGAAUGCAGAGCAUCAACAUCGAUUGAUGCUAUAUCUCCUCAUUUAUGCUUUAUUUGCUUGUUGCAUCUUGCAAAUGAACACGGAUUGCGGAUACAAGGCUGUCUCAGCUUGGAUGAUCUCAGUAUACAGCUUUAAACUCACAAUAAUGGUCUCCCUAAUGCUGUAGCCUAACCCAUUUUUUUCCAGUUUUUGUUUUUUCCUAUUGUGUGAUGUAUCACUUGUAGAUUGGCCUUUCAAGCAACGCAUAUGCUGCUUGUGGAUCCCAUUCUACUGUAUUGCUACAUAGGUUAGUUAAUUCGUGUAAAUUAUCAGAUGUUGUCAAACAGUUGGCUUUUGAUUUGUUGUCAAUUCAGUCAUUUGCUAUAUAAUACUUCCAGCUUGUCACCUAGGGA